AACCCAAAUUAAACCCUAGCCAUCCACCUCCGACCAUCCCCCCCCCCCCCCCCCGCGUCCCCCGAUGCCGCUCUCCUACUCAGCCGCCGCCGCCGCCGCGCCGUCCCCUCUCGCCGCGCGCAGCCGCGGCCUCCUCCGCCGACCGCCGCGCUCUUCCCCCGUCGUCGUGAGGUGCAAGAAGAUUGAUCAACUGAGGGCAGUCAAUGGAAUACCACCAUACGCUCCAGUGUCUAACAGAUCGUUGUUAAGUCCUGUGACGCUGCCGAUUAUCCGGGAUGCGAAUAUUAAGAAUGAUACAAGGUUGCGUAUCUUCUCAGGGACUGCCAACCCUUCUCUUUCCCAGGAAAUAGCAAGUUACUUGGGCUUAGAACUUGGGAAGAUUAACAUAAAAAGGUUUGCUGAUGGCGAAAUAUAUGUUCAGUUACAAGAAAGCGUAAGGGGAUGCGAUGUUUUCCUUGUGCAACCAACGUGCCCUCCUGCAAAUGAGAAUCUUAUGGAACUUCUGAUCAUGAUUGAUGCCUGUAGGAGAGCAUCUGCUAAGAAUAUUACUGCAGUCAUCCCUUAUUUUGGUUAUGCCAGAGCUGACAGGAAGUCUCAAGGCCGUGAAUCUAUAGCUGCAAAACUUGUAGCUAAUAUGAUUACAGAAGCUGGUGCGAACCGUGUCCUUGUAUGUGAUCUUCAUUCCAGUCAAGCCAUGGGAUACUUUGACAUCCCAGUAGAUCAUGUUUAUGGUCAGCCUGUGAUUCUUGAUUACCUCGCCAGCAAGACAAUAUGUUCAGAUGACCUGGUGGUGGUGUCUCCGGAUGUUGGAGGUGUUGCCAGGGCACGUGCUUUUGCCAAAAAGCUAUCAGAUGCACCUCUAGCAAUUGUUGAUAAAAGAAGGCAUGGACACAAUGUUGCCGAGGUAAUGAAUCUUAUUGGAGAUGUUAGAGGAAAAGUGGCUGUUAUGAUGGAUGAUAUGAUUGAUACAGCUGGAACUAUUGCCAAAGGAGCUGAGCUGCUGCAUCAAGAAGGAGCAAGAGAAGUCUAUGCAUGCUGUACACAUGCUGUUUUUAGCCCGCCCGCCAUUGAAAGGUUAUCAAGUGGUUUGUUUCAAGAAGUAAUCAUCACAAACACUAUACCUCUCAAGGAGGACAAGAGUUUCCCGCAGCUGACUAUCCUUUCAGUUGCUAACCUUUUAGGCGAGACAAUCUGGCGUGUUCAUGAUGAUUGCUCAGUUGGUCAUGAGCCAUACUCUAGCUUGGACAUUGACUGAAGCUCAAGGUGUAUCACGCCCAAUCCCCAAUUUUUGGCUUUUCUCCACCUUUGGUUUCGUGGAAUAAGCUGUGUAAUCUGAUGCUCCUACUAGUGCAAGAACUUUUGAGUAUUUCAAUGAACCAUAGUACAUAAGAUCGAAAUUUAGGUAGUUUGGUUUGCUAGCAUGCUCAGUGUAAUGUACAUAUUGUUUCCACGUGAUCCAUUUAUUUCUUUGCAAAGAUCAAUGCUGAAUGGUUCAAUUUA